AUAGAGGUAGAGAGGGACACUCCAGACAACAACAACUAGCAGCUGCAUUGUACAUGCAGCCGCCCUGGACCACAUAAACAGCGGAGCGAAGCUCGACCGAGGCAGAGCAGCAACACAGAGCCUCAGGAAGCAGACCCGAGGACAGUGCCGACCGCGUCCACGGGUUUCCGCCUCACUUUGAAAGUCUUUUUCCGAGCGAGAGAGAGACGUCUGGGAGCUAUAGUGAGUAAUAAAAGAGACCGAAGCAGACACAUAAGAGCUCAAGUACUUGACUCGCCAGGCAGAGACAGAGCCAAACAUGGCCAAAAUCACAGCGGAAGGAAUGCCACGGCUCUUCCAAAGGCUGUCUAUGAACGAGGUGGACGAGCAUGUGCGUCUGCUGGCGGAGAAGGUGUACGCCUCCGCCCUGAAAGAGGAGAACAACAAGGACGCUCUGUCCCUGUUCAACGUGCCGGAGGACUGUCCCAUCGGCUUGCACGAGGACAGGGAGCGGGCUCUGCAGAAGGAGAUGGCCGCGCUGCAGUCCCAGGAGUCCGCUAAGAAGAAGAGGAGUUUCCGGUUGAAGCGUUCGCAGUCGGUGUCUUCGCAGAUACCUGGAGACGACGACUUGGUCCGCUCCCGGCUGUCCCCGGUGCUCGACUCGGACGCAACAGAACCGUUGGCGAGAGAGGACUUCCCUGACUUCCAGAGAGUGACCAUCAGUGGGGAUUACUGUGCAGGGAUCACAGUCGAGGAUUAUGAGCAGGCAGCCAAAAGCCUCCUCGGGGCCUUGGUGAUCAGAGAGAAGUACUCCAGACUGGCCUACCACACCUUCCCCAGGACCACCGCCCGAUUCCUCCGAGACGCCGAAAAUGGGAAGUGGCGGGAAGAGGACGAGCUCAUGCCAGACAUCUGGCCUUUUCCUCGCAACGGAGAGGACCCAUACUCCACGGACGGUAUCCCCGAGGACCUGAACUACGUGCUGGAGAUGAAGGACGGCAUUGUCCAUGUGUACGAUAACGCAGAGGCCCUGGAACAACAGCGGCCGCACAACCUCCCGUACCCCGACCUGGAGACCUUCGCCAUAGACCUGAGCCACGUCCUCGCAAUGAUAGCCGACGGCCCGACGAAAACCUACUGUCACAGACGGUUGAACUUCUUGGCCUCUAAAUUCUACCUCCACGAAAUGAUGAAUGAAAUGGCGGAGCUCAAAGAGCUGAAAUGUGUUCCACACAGAGACUUCUACAACGUCAGAAAGGUGGACACACACAUACACGCUGCUGCCUGCAUGAACCAGAAGCAUCUGCUGAAGUUCAUAAAGACCACGUACCAGACGGAGGCGGAUCGCGUGGUCUUGGAGAAGGGCGGUGAGAAGUUCACGCUCAAGGAAGUCUUCAAAAAACUUGACAUGGAUCCCUAUGACCUCACCGUGGACUCCCUGGACGUGCACGCUGGAAGACAAACAUUUCAUCGCUUUGACAAGUUCAACUCUAAAUACAACCCGGUGGGAGCCAGCGAGCUGCGAGAGAUCUACUUGAAAUCAGACAACUACAUCAAAGGAGAUUACUUUGCACGUCUCGUCAAGGAAGUGUCCAAAGAGCUGGAAGAGAGCAAAUACCAACACGCCGAGCCCCGCCUGUCCAUCUACGGCCGCUCCCCCAGCGAGUGGGAGAGCCUGGCGACCUGGUUCAUCCAGCACAAGGUCCACUCACCCAACAUGAGGUGGAUGAUCCAAGUCCCAAGAAUCUUUGACAUCUUCAAGUCAAAGAAACUAUUUCCAAACUACGCCAAGAUGCUGCAGAACAUUUUCCUCCCACUCUUUGAGGCCACGGUUAAUCCCCGAAAGCACAAAGCAACUCAUGUGUUCUUAAAAUACGUGACGGGGUUCGACAGCGUGGAUGACGAGUCCAAACACAGCGACCACAUGUUCUCUUACAAAAGCCCCAAGCCUGAGGCGUGGACCACGGACGACAAUCCUCCUUACACCUACUACUUGUUUUACAUGUACGCCAACAUCAUGGUGCUCAACAACCUGCGCAAGGAGCGAGGACUGAACACCUUCCAGUUUCGACCCCACUGCGGCGAGGCGGGCUCCAUCACCCACCUGGUCUCGGCCUUCCUCACGGCUGAUAACAUCUCACACGGACUCAACCUCAAAAAGAGUCCAGUGUUGCAGUACCUGUACUACCUGGCCCAGGUCCCGAUCGCCAUGUCCCCGCUGAGCAACAACAGCCUGUUCCUGCAGUACUCCAAGAACCCGCUACGAGAGUUCCUGCAGAAAGGCCUUUGUGUGUCACUGUCUACUGAUGACCCCAUGCAGUUCCACUACACCAAGGAGGCACUGAUGGAGGAGUAUGCCAUUGCGGCGCAGCUGUGGAAGCUGAGCACCUGUGAUUUGUGUGAGAUAGCCAGAAACAGCGUGUUGCAGAGCGGACUCUCACAUCAGGAGAAGAAACACUUCAUUGGUCCAAACUACCUGCAGGACGGGCCGCAGGGGAACGACAUUCGGCGGACCAACGUGGCGCAGAUCCGCAUGGCCUAUCGCCACGAGACGCUGUGCAACGAGCUCAGCUUCCUGGUGGACGCCGUGAAGACGGACGUUGCCACUAACCCACCAGAGUGAUUUACCACGCGAGCACCAACUGCGUCCGAAUUUAUGACAAAACAAUGUUGGAUGAAACAGCAGUUUAAUCCUUAUUUAGUUUUAUGAACCGGGCUGUUGGCAGAAUCGUUGGUGUUACUUUAUUAUUAGACUGUAUUGAAUGUUGCAUCUGUGGACUUUGCCCGUGUGCCUCAUUUAGUUGGGAGAGAAGUUCUUUUUUUUUAGAUAAUUUAGUAACACAAUUAUUUAGAAAUCGAAUGAAAAGUGAUUCUAUUGAAAAGGAGUUAUAAAAACGCCAGCAACACAAAACGGAAAAUUUGAUCGGGGCUUAUUUGAAAAUGGCCUCGUGUAGUUGGCAGUGAUAAGUUAAUUCUGACACUUGCAUUUAUGCAUGUUACAAAGGCCUUUCUCUGUCUGGAAAAUACAUCCAAAUAAAUUGAGCUUUAAACUACUUUUGUUAAAACUGUGUGGUGAAACCAGCAUCAGAAAAACUCACAACUAGUCUAUUUUUUAUGAUUGUCAUUUCUCUUGGAUUUUUGAUAUGUAAAUAAAGGCUGCAAAACAGUCAAAUGUUGU